AUGCUCUACGUGAUCGGACUAGGUCUCAGUGAUGAGAAGGAUAUUACCGUCAAGGGGUUGGAGGCGGUCAAGAGAAGCGAGAGGGUAUAUCUCGAGGCUUAUACCAGUAUCUUGAUGAUCGACAAGGCAAAGCUCGAAGAAUUUUAUGGCCGAGAAGUUAUCUUGGCCACCCGUGAAACCGUCGAACUUGAAGCCGAUUCGAUCCUCGCCAAUGCCGACACAGUGGAUGUCUCCUUCCUUGUUGUCGGCGACCCAACCGCCGCAACGACCCAUACCGACCUCUUGCUUCGAGCGCAGUCCAAGGGGAUCGCUUGUCAAGUCAUUCACAACGCCUCCAUCAUGACCGCGCUCGGAUCUACAGGUCUACAGCUGUACAACUUUGGACAGACUCUGUCUUUGCCGUUUUACACGGAUUCGUGGAGGCCCGGGAGUUGGUAUGAUCGGUUGGAGGAGAACCUGAAGUUGGGGAUGCAUACGUGUGUCUUGCUGGACAUCAAGGUUAGGGAGCAGUCCGAGGAGGAUAUGAUCAAGGGAAUCAUGCGAUAUGGACCGCCUCGCUUCAUGAACCCGGCUACCGCUAUUGAACAGAUCCUCUACACCGAAAAUGAACGACACCCUCCAUCGAAACUCAAACCCACUUCCUCCUCUACCACUGCGGACGAACCCGCCUCUGGUUCGACUUCCCGUUCAUCCUCCCCCGACCCCACAAUGCCUCACUACCCGACCUAUCCUACCCUCCUAGACCCUGCUCGAACGCUCAUCAUGACGCUCUCGCGUCUAGGAACCCCUACACAGCUCAUCCUCUCUGGUACCCUGGCCGAAAUGUCCGAGCUCACCGAAGAGGAUUUCGGAGGGCCGUUGCAUUCGGUAGUGAUCGUCGGUGGGAACUCGGACAAGGGCAAGGGGAGGUUACACCCGCUUGAAGCGGAGUAUGCGGGGAGAUUUGCGGUGAACGGCGGCGAAGAGUUUUGGAGGUGUGCCAAGGAGGAUUAUGGGGUCGAGAGGGAGAGCAUUUGA